ACUGUUAAGCUAAAUUCAUUAUUUUCGAGAAGGUACGAAAAGUGAGCACGUGGUUUCGUGUCCUGUCUUUGAAAAAUUUAUUCACAAUUACAAGCUAUUGACCUUUUUUUUUAUUUGAUCGAGUGAAAAUUCGUGUAAACUAUAAAAAUGAGUGGUGUAGAAGAAGUUUGUGAAAGUAAUGAAUCGGAAGUAAAGAGCACCACAGAAGCACAAAAAGAAAAUCUUUCAGAAAUAACUGAUGUCGAAGAAAAGAUUAUUAAGCAAAUUGAGUAUUAUUUUGGAGAUUUUAAUCUGAGACGAGACAAGUACAUGAAAGAAAAGAUUACACUUGAUGAUGGAUGGGUUCCUUUAGAAACUUUGAUAACAUUUAAUAGAUUAAAGGCAAUCACUACAGAUUUCGAUCAAAUUGUCACUGCAUUAAAAAAGUCUCCAAAUAAUCUAAUAGAGGUCAACUGCGAGUCAACAAAAAUUCGCCGAAAUCCAGAAAAACCAGUAUCGGAAAAUGGUUCUUAUGAGGAAGACAAGCUAAAAGAACGAUGUGUUUAUGUGAAAAAAUUUCCUGACAACAUAACCUUAGAUGAAUUGCAAGAAUUUUUUAAGAAGUUUGGUACUGUAGAAAAUAUUUUAAUGAGAAGAUUUUCACAGAGCAAGAAAUUUCGAGGAUCUGUAUUUGCUACAUUUGCUACAAAAGACGAUGCUGAAAAGUUUAUGAAUCUGACAGUGGUGAAGUACGAAAAUGUUACACUUUCGAGAGAAACAAGGAAAGACUAUGAAAAACGAAAGGAUCAGGAAAUAGCAAAAAUAAAGGAACAGAAAGAAAAGAAGCAGAAACAAAAAGAAGCACUGCAGAAUGAAAUGGAAGAACUACAGAACGAGAUGGAAGAAGAAAAGAAUAUAAAAGGAUGUCUUUUAAAACUAACCGGAGUAACUAAAGAGCUAGAUUGGGCAAAAAUAAAGGAAUUCUUCCGUCCAUUUUCGUCUUUGGCAUACGUCGAGAUUAAAGAAGAUAAAGGCGAAGCCAUUUUAAGAUUUACUAGUGAAGGGGAUGCUAAAGUGGCUCUUGAAAAGGCCAUUGCAAUGAGGGAGGACAAGAAAUUGAUUAUCAAUAAUGUGGAAGUGGAAGGCAUAAUUUUAGAAGGUAAAGAAGAAAAUGAACACUGGCGAUCAGUUCGAAACUCCAGAAAUGCAAAAUAUAAGAAGAAAAAUCAAAAAGGGUAUUUAGGAAAGAAAUCUAAAUUUGGCAAACAAAACAGAGAUUUUAAAAAGGAGAAUGUCAAAGAGAAUCAAGAUGCUGAAGUGAAAAAUACUGAAGAGAAUGAAGGUUCUAAAAAUGAAAAUAGUCAGAAACAUAAACUUGAAAAGGACGAUGGUGACGAGUCUUCUCCGAAGAAACAAAAAGCAGAAGGAUAAAUUUUGUACAGAAUAUACCAUAUAAUGGUGUCAUGCAACAUUUCUGUUUCUUAUGUGUUAUGUCAUGUAAUUUAUAUACAUAUAUUUUUUUCUAAUAAACGUCAAACUUGUAUGAAUUA